GUAAUGAAUUAUGUUAGUAUUAUUAAUGAGUUGCAUACAUUAUUCAUGUGUAGAAAGCCACGGUUAAUUUCAUUGGUAGAUUUAUUUAACCGAUAUCAGUAAGCAGAACGUUUUUCCGCUUCCCCAUUGAGACACGCGUUGCAAAAUGAAGACGACAAAACGCUGUCAUUGCGACUUUAAAACGUUUACAUGAAAGGAUAAAAGUAAGAGACAAAUCUGCAACAUUUUUUUUAAAUAUGAACACUAAAGUUUUAUUUAAAUGAUUAUUAUUUUCCAGUGAAUUCAAAUACUCAAUUCAGAGUAUUCCUGUUAAUUAUUUCCACUGUUAAUACUAAGGUUAACGCAUACCAUCCAGAUAAUGACCCUCUAAUGUUCAUUGCCAAUCCAGUAGAGGCCAAUAUGCCGGGACAUUGGAUUCCUUUAAGCAUACUCAAAGUUAUGUUAGAAGGGACAACAAAGAUGGUAACUCAAAAGGAUAAGCUGUCAGAUUAUGUAACAGACACACCUCGCCCGACUAAAAAGAUCGAAGUAGUUACAAAGGCAGAAGUAACUAGUGAGAUCACCGCAGCACCGACUGAGGCACCUACAGAUCCUCCUUCUGAAGCACCCACUGAAGUAACUACAGACGCGCAGACUGAAGCACCUACAGAAGUGCCGACUGAAGCGCCAACUGAAGCACCAACUGAAGCACCAACUGAAGCGCCAACAGAAGCGCCAACUGAAGCGCAAACAGAAGCACCUACCGAAGCGCCUACCGAAGUACCUACUGAAGCGCCUACCGAAGCACCUACCGAAGCGCCUACCGAGGCACCUACAGAAGCUCCAACUGAACCACCGACAGAGCGUAAGAAGCCUGUUCGCAAAAAACCUAGAGAUGAUCACGAAAAUCUAUCUUAG